CGCUGCGCACCGGCCACUUCGACACCUAAAAACAAGAAGCGCCACUAGGCGUGCUCAAAGUGCGCCGACUGAACCUUAUUCAAUAAGAAUGAUUUUAUAAAAGUCAAAACAUCCGACGUUAACAAUAAUGCGAGCGGAUUCACCGACAAGACAUCAGUUUUAAGAGUAUAUUUCGUCGGGAUAAUUCGUGAUGGCUACUACUGAGAUGGAAUCUGGUUCUUUAGAAACCAAACCAGAAACCAGACCAGAAACCAAACCAGAACAUCGGAAAGGUCACGCUGACUCAAGUACCCCCCUGAAAGUACUUUACUGUGGAGUGUGCUCGCUGCCUACUGAGUACUGUGAGUACAUGCCUGAGCCGGCCAAAUGUCGGCACUGGCUUGAGAAGAACUUUCCAGAUGUGUUUGCCAGGAUGACUGUAGGCCCGUUAGCGAAUGUGCCCAACCAGGACCUCGGCCCUGGAGAAGCGCCCCUUGGAGGCGAGGAGGAGGAGAAAAAGAAACAGAAGAGAGGGGGGAGAGGACAGAUCAAACAGAAAAAGAAGAGCGUGCCUCAGAAAAUCACAAUAGCAAAAAUCCCAAGAGCCAAGAAGAAAUACGUCACGAGGGUCUGCGGCAUGGCGACGUUUGACAUCGAACUGAAAGAGGCUCAGCGGUUCUUCGCCCAGAAAUUCUCUUGCGGCGCCUCCGUGACCGCGGAGGACGAAAUCAUCAUUCAGGGAGAUUUUACAGACGACAUCAUCGACGUCAUUCAAGAGAAGUGGCCCGAGGUGGACGACGAGAGCAUCGAUGAUCUGGGUGAAGUCAAGAAGUGAAGACCAAAUAUGCACUUUUACUGAAACGGAUGUGACCUGUAACGACGACAACCUUGGCCAAAUGUACACAUUAAGUCAUUUUAUACCUAUUUUAUUUACUGUUCAUAAAAAAGCUGCGGACUUGGCCACUCACUGGGCAUCUUUCCUUUCUUUUUUUUGUUUUUUCAGUUUAUUAAUAGCUGCUUUCUCUCGUUUGCCAAAGGUGUGGUACGACGUGAAUCCCUCCCCCCCCCCCCAAAAAAUGUUCUUCACUCAAGCAAAAACUGUAGGCUAAUAAAUUUCAGUCUCCUUCGCCUGUA